AUGACCGUGCCACUCGGCUCUCCCCAACCUGUCUUUGCACUCCCUCCGCUGGAUGCUAUAUCGGAUGUCGAGGAAGACAAGCCGGUCGACGGUCUCCCGCUGAGCAAGAUAGGCCCUAUGGGCUUGCCCGAGAUCGUCUUUGGCGCUGCGACGUUCUCGAACACCUACAACUCCGACUCGACUAUUGCAAGCGACAUACCAGUCCGCACGACCCGGCUCGCUCUUCGGUACGGCAUCGAUGCGUUCGACACUUCGCCGUAUUACGGUCCGUCUGAAAUCAUUCUGGGCACGGCGCUCAAAGUCCUCGAGCUCGAGUUUCCUCGCUCGUCGUACAAGCUGGCAAGUCUAUCUCGACAGAGCAUGACCAAAUGCGGCCGCUACGGGUCCACGCAGGCCGAGUUCGACUACACCCCGGCGACGAUCCGCGCGAGCGUCAAGCGCAGCCUCGAGCGCUUACAUACGACCUACCUCGACACCGUGUACCUGCACGACGUCGAGUUCGUGUGUACGCCUGUGGGUCCACGCUCAGGCCACCACGCCGCUGCGCUUGCGGACGCCGCAGCCGAGUACGGCCUCGCGCCCGGUCAGGGGGGCACGGUGUGGGGCGCCGGCGACCAGGCGAUCCUCGAUGCGGUAGCCGAGUUACGCAAGCUGCAGGCGGAGGGCGUCGUCAAGCACGUCGGCAUAAGCGGUUACCCGCUCCCGACGCUGCUCCGGCUCGCGUUGCUCGUGCUGCAUGCCACCGGCAAACCUCUUGACGUGCUCCUCUCGUACUCGCACUCGAACCUGCAGAACGCGACCGUCGCCGCGUUCGCGCCGCACUUCCGUGCGCGUGCUCAGAUCCCGCAGCUCCUCACCGCGUCCCCGCUCAACAUGGGCCUGCUCACCCCACGGUAUCCCCCGUGGCACCCCGCCUCUCCCGAGCUGCGGGAGGCCGCAGCAAAGGCCCGGGAAGCGUGCGAGGAGGCGUUGUGGGACGGCGGGCUGCCGAAUGUAGCGGUUGGGUACGGGUUCAGGAAGGGCGCAGAGGUGGAGGUGCCGGUCGUGGUCGGGCUGAGCAACCUCGCGGAGGUCCAUGAGAGCGUGAGGGCGUGGAGGGGGGUCAAGGCUGGGACGGACGAGGCGAAGCGGGUCGCGCUUGAGCAGCGCGUGGUUGACAUCUUCGGGGAGCACGCGGGAUGGUCUUGGGCUUCUCCGUGA